CUCAAGAGGGUUUUGCAGUAAAGCGCCCUUCUUCUUCCAAAACCCCCGCCCCCCCAAACUCUCCCUCGGGGAAUUGAGAAUGGAAGGCAGAUCGUACCAGAGGUUUCCGACAGUGAAGAUUCGCGAGCUGAAGAACGACUACGCCAAGUUCGAGCUCCGCGACACUGAUGCCAGCAUAGCCAACGCGCUGCGGCGCGUAAUGAUAGCCGAGGUUCCCACUAUCGCCAUUGACCUAGUGGAGAUCGAGGUGAACUCUUCCGUCUUGAACGACGAGUUCAUAGCUCACCGACUCGGUCUGAUUCCACUCACCAGCGAGCGAGCCAUGAGCAUGCGCUUCUCACGUGACUGCGAUGCCUGUGAUGGCGACGGCCAGUGCGAGUAUUGCUCCGUCGAGUUUCAUCUGAGAGCCAAAUGCCUCAAUGAUCAAACCCUAGAUGUCACCAGCAGGGAGCUCAUCAGCUCUGAUCCAUCUGUUGUCCCCGUUGAUUUCGCCAGUCCAUCCUCGGAAUAUGAUAAUGCCGAGAACAGGGGAAUUAUGAUAGUGAAACUACGCCGGGGGCAAGAGUUGAGGCUGAGAGCUAUAGCUCGGAAAGGUAUUGGCAAGGAUCAUGCCAAAUGGUCACCUGCAGCAACUGUUACAUUCAUGUAUGAACCUGAGAUUUAUAUCAAUGAAGAUAUGAUGGAGAAAUUAACACUUGAGCAGAGAAUGAGUGUGGUUGAAAGCAGUCCUACCAAAGUCUUUGACAUUGAUGCCAAAACUGGACGGGUUGUUGUGGUUGAUCCAGAGGCAUAUACCUAUGAUGAUGAGGUGAUCAAGAAAUGUGAAUCCUUGAAUGCGCCGGGGCUUGUAGAGGUACAUCCCAAGGAAGACAGUUUCAUUUUCACGGUUGAGUCCACUGGUGCAAUUAAAGCUUCUCAGCUGGUUCUUAAUGCUAUCGACAUUCUGAAGCAAAAGCUGGAUGCAGUUCGCUUGUCGGAGGACACUGUGGAGGCUGAUGAGCAGUUUUUGGAAUUGGAUGCACAUAUGCGGGGCGGCUGAUCGUUGUGUUACAUGGAGCACUGACCAACUUAGUUUUGUAAAUUCUGUUGUUUAAUUUUGUCAUUUAUCAAUUAAUGCACCAGAAAGUCGAUGAUCCAUCAUCAGUCAUCAAAUUUCUGUAGUUAUGAGCGCAGCACCCAGGGGGUACCUCUAAGCUUUAUGAUGUUCACUGUCUGAAGUUGUUUGUCUAGACUGUAGAAUGUUAAAGUUGUAAUUUCAUUUAGUGAUUUUGCGCUGCAGUGCGUCCUUCCACAGUUUCUCUGAUAUUCCAUGAAUUUCUUUGGUGCAAAA